AGCCUCCUGCGCGUUUUCUUCCACACCCAAAACACCAACACCAAAGAAAGGUUACCUGAUGCGCAGGUAAACAUGUGCCUAACCAUCUGAGCAAACAAGUCAUCCACCACCACCAUUUCCUUUCUUCUUCUCUUCAAUCUGUUUCCUGGCGAGACCUACUUUCCCCAGCCAGCUUUACCUUUCUCUGUCAACACCUCGACCUUCAUUCCUCGACUGCGCUGCCAACUUUUGUCCUCUGAAACGAGCCCUCUUGGAAUCGGCCACGGUCGUCAGCAAUGGCCGCUCUAGGCGACGACCUCCUCCGAACCGUCAACAAGCUUCAGGACCUUGUCUUCAAUACCAUUGGAAAUGACUCCCUCGAUCUGCCUCAGAUAGUCGUCGUUGGUUCACAGUCCUCGGGCAAAUCAUCGGUCCUUGAAAACAUUGUCGGCAGGGACUUUUUACCUCGAGGCAGCGGUAUCGUCACCCGGAGACCUCUUAUCUUACAACUAAUAAAUAUUCCUGCUGAUGAGGACGCGGAUACCAACAAUGACGAAGUUCACGUCCCUCACACUGCGGCCAGCGUGGCCGAACAUGGAGAAUGGGCAGAAUUCCACCAUAUUCCCGGUCGCAAGUUUACAAACUUCAACCAGGUCAGAGUAGAGAUCGAGAAUGAGACGGCGAGAAUAGCUGGCAACAACAAAGGCAUCAAUCGACAACCCAUCAACCUCAAAAUUUUCUCCCCACACGUCCUAAACUUGACCUUGGUCGACUUGCCUGGCUUGACCAAAGUCCCCAUCGGUGAUCAACCCUCAGACAUUGAGAAGCAGACACGAACCCUGAUCUCCGAAUAUAUCGCGAAACCGAACAGUAUCAUCCUUGCCGUGUCUCCUGCGAACGUCGACAUUGUGAACUCCGAAGCACUCAAACUGGCACGACAUGUUGAUCCCAUGGGAAGAAGGACAAUCGGUGUCCUAACAAAGCUAGACUUGAUGGACCACGGUACAAAUGCACUGGAUAUCCUGUCUGGUCGUGUAUACCCAUUGAAGUUGGGCUUUAUCGGUGUUGUUAACCGGUCACAACAAGACAUACAAACCAACAAGCCCAUGUCCGAAGCCGUAAGAUCCGAAGCCGAAUUUUUCAGACAUCAUCCUGCGUAUCGGAACAUGGCGACAAGAUGUGGAACCCAAUACCUCGCGAAGACUCUCAACACGACCUUGAUGUCACAUAUCAGAGAUCGUCUACCAGACAUCAAAGCAAGAUUGAAUACAUUGAUGGGACAAACACAACAAGAGUUGGCAAGCUAUGGUAGCAAGCAGUUUGCGGGCAAAGAACACCGUGGAUCCUUGAUUUUACAACUCAUGACCCGGUUCGCCAAUGCGUUCAUCUCCUCUAUUGACGGUACAUCGUCAGAAAUUUCGACCAAAGAACUUUGCGGUGGCGCUCGGAUAUACUACAUCUUCAAUUCUGUCUUUGGAAACUCUUUGGAAACGAUCGAUCCUACUCACAACUUGUCGGUCCUCGAUAUUCGAACUGCCAUCCGCAACUCUACCGGUCCGCGACCGAGUCUAUUCGUCCCUGAGUUGGCAUUCGACCUGCUGGUGAAACCUCAGAUCAAGCUCUUGGAGAUUCCAAGUCAACGGUGCGUUGAGCUGGUUUACGAGGAACUGAUCAAGAUUUGCCAUACUUGCGGUUCGAGCAAUUUGUCCAGGUUUCCCAAACUGCAAGGCAAGCUUAUCGAAGUCGUGUCAGAUCUCCUGAGAGAACGACUGGGACCAGCCUCGAGCUAUGUCGAGUCUCUAAUCUCCAUCCAGCGAGCAUACAUCAACACCAAUCAUCCUAAUUUCCUCGGAGCUGCGGCAGCAAUGUCCUCAGUCAUUCAGAGCAAGAAUGAAAAGGACAAAAGAGCAGCCCAGGCAGAGGAGAAGCGAAGACGAGACAAGCAAAGAAUGAAGCAACUUGGUGUCAACGGCACCGCGACUCCCGAGGACGAGGAAGCCGAACAAGAGGACAAAGCUACGGCACUUCCAAUCCGCAAACACCCCGCUGUAAGCCGAAGCAUGUCUCCGGCUGUCGCGCGAGACCGAGAGAAUGGUGUUGGCAACAUGUCUGGUGCAGCAGGGACGGCGGGCGGUGCCAGAGAUUCAUUCCUGAACUAUUUCUUUGGCAAAGAAAAUGGUUUUCCAGGAGGAAUGCCAUCUAUGCCGCCAUCCUCAUCAUCCGCUGCUCCCAGACACGUCAGUCACAGCGUAGAACCCAGCUUCAGUCAGAGCAUACGGCGCAUGGAACGAGGCAGCUUCACUGACAGGACACCUGCUUUCCCGCCACCCAUGAACGAUGAGUACGCGCCAUCAGAAUACGGCGAACCAACUUCUCUUUUCCCCGAGCAGUCCGCUGAACCCGUCCUGACCGAUCGAGAAGCACUCGAAACCGAACUGAUUCGACGACUCAUCAGCUCGUACUUUAAUAUCGUUCGAGAGACGAUUGCGGAUCAGGUCCCCAAGGCAAUCAUGCAUCUGCUCGUCAACCAUAGCAGAGACGAAGUCCAAAACCGACUGGUCAGCGAAUUGUAUAAGGAGGAACUGUUUGGCGAGCUGUUGUAUGAAGACGACGGCAUCAAGAAGGAGCGGGAAAAGUGCGAGAAGUUGUUGGCUACGUACAAAGAAGCUGCCAAGAUUGUUGGAGAGGUGUUGUAGGCACGCCGAUGAUGGAGUGAUGUGGACAGGGGGAUGGUUAUUGAUGACCUCAACGAAGAAAGGGCUUUGCAGAUCAUCUCGUCUCCUGCUUUGCUGAAGGGUUCUCCCCUCGGCUGGACUCGACUCAUUGUCUGAAAGGAAGAAGAACUCAUUCUUCUGGUCUUGUACUUGAUUCUGUGUAUCCACUGGGUAUGCUCAUACCUUUUGUAUCUCGAUAUUCCCAGGGUGUCCCACAGCCACGGCGUAGCCUAUGGCGGGACGGGCUUGUAAAUUGCACAUAUGUUCUGAAUAGUAAAGUAAGUCGGUAGAUCGUGGGAGUCGAUAGAAACGAAGUGGGAGAGAGGGUUGUGGAGAUCUCGUGGAAUCGAAUAUAUCUCUUGUUCACA